UUUUUCAACAAUUCAAAUCAACCGUUUGCUUGGCUUGUAUUUUGGAUUUAAAUGAAAUUAGUUUUACAUUGUUGUUUGUUUAUUUUGCUGGACGAAAUAUUGCAAGAAAGUGCAUAAAAACGUACUGAUAAUCAAAUAGAUUUAGACUAGGAUACAUAGGAUCAAGUGAAAUUAUUAAAUUGUGAAAAGAAUUCCCAAAAAGUAACAAUGGAAAGAGCACAAGCGUUUAUGGAAAACUUCAUAGGCAAUUGGAAUGGGGACUUUCCAAACUAUCCGCUGACAGCUGAGGACCUGAAGAAACCUCAUGCAGUGAUGGGAGCCUUGCUACAAGUGCUUGACAGACUUGGUAUUGAUACAGAUGUUGUUCUUGCUCCACCUCCAAAAGAAGACCGCAACGAAAACACAAUGUACUACUGGGACCUGCUUCCCGUUAUCAACAUGACGCGAGUCAUUAAUCACCUCGUCUCCGUGAUGCCACAAGUAGAGGCUACAAUCAGCAUCGUACACUUCCUUCAACCGACGGCCACUACGUCACACUCCAUACUGUUGUUGCUGUUCAACCUCAUGGUGUUCAAUGAAGAGAAGAUGAGGAAUAUUGCUCCAUACGAAGAGGAGUUGUUUGCGAAGACUGGCGAGGUUAAAGCUUUAGAGGAAAAGAAAAAUAGACUGCUGGAAAUGCUAAAUGAACAGGCUGAAGAAAAAGGAAAACGAGCUGGAAGACUAGAAAAGCUUGACCACGAUAUAAAAAUGUUUGAAGAAGAAUUGAAACAAGAGAAAGAGAUCCAUGAUGAAGAGAAACUGGAGUUAGAAGCUAUACAGAAGGAGAACAAGCAGACUGAGAUGAUUAUAGAACAGAAGAAGAGUCAUAGAGAUGCGCUGAUGGCUGAAGUAGCUAGGAAAAGGGCACUUAGAGUUUAUGACGCAGAUGACAUCAAAGUCCAGGCAGAACAGGCCACACAGAACCUUCAAGAGUUAGAGGAGAAGCUGGACUCCCUCCGAGCUAUUCUUAUGCAGAAGGAGAACAGCCUCAAAAACCUGCAAACCAUCAAACCCAACUUGGACUCUGCUAACAAUUUGUUGCACGAGAUCAUGAAGCUUUCUGAUAGUUUGAAGGACUUUGAGAACGGAGAUCUAGACACGGAUAGUAAGGAGGGAGAGCUGGAUGUCCUGAACACAGAGCUGGGAGAGUUACAGGCACAACUGUCCGAGCUGCAAGCUGCGCGGGACGACGCGGCCAGGAAGCGCGCCGACAGCCAGGCCAAGAGGCAGCAGGACAGGACUGUGGCACAUAGUUCCCUAAGAGAGGCUGAAGAAAAAGACAAGAAACUUCGAGAACGAUCGAAGAAGGCUCUGCAAAGAACAGAGGAAAUUAAAGAGUUGACAACCAAGUAUGAAAACGAGAAAACUGCUGGGAUUGAACAGUUGGCGACGAUUAAGAAUAACUUCUGUACUGAGCUUAAAACCAUGGAAGAAUUGUUACUAAAGAAAGUUGUGGAAGCUGAGAAGAAAGUAGAAGAAAAAUUAAAGAAUAGACAUGUAUGAAACGUCUAAAAAUAUUACUAGUUACAAAAGUUACGAUUAAGACAGUUUUGCAAACAGAUAUUUUUUCAGAAAACUAUAACAUUCUGCUUAAAAGGACAUUCUGUAGGCUAAGCCUUCAGAAUGUCCUUUUAAGUGGUUACGAAUUUGUUUUACGUUAAAAGUAAUUGAAACGAGUAAUUCGGCGCUCUGAUUGGCCGCCGCCAAUUAACU